AUGCUGAGACAAGCUACUCACCGGCACUCAGCGUAUGCGCUUUUUGGGCCGCGAUUUUACUGCACUUCAGGCUGUAAAGAUACCGUUGCAAGUGUAUCGCACAAUGUAUCUGGCAAACAGCAACUCUACAUAACUGAUCCCAUCUCUCCUGGCUCGAUAUUCUUCCUGCCAAAUGGUGCAAAAAUAUUCAACAAGCUGGUGAAUUUCAUGAAGCUGCAACAACAACAUAAGUUCGGUUUCCAAGAGGUAUUGUCACCUCUGAUAUAUCGAAAAUCGUUGUGGGAGCGCUCUGGCCACUGGGAUAACUAUAAAGAAGACAUGUUUCGUGUGGAGGGCCAAGAUCUGGCCAAGGAAGAGUACGGACUGAAACCAAUGAACUGUCCUGGUCACUGCAUGAUCUUCAAAAGCGUGUCCAGAUCGUACAGCGAGCUCCCGCUUCGAUUUUCCGACUUUUCACCAUUGCAUCGUAACGAAGCGUCGGGAGCACUCUCAGGGCUAACAAGAGUUAGAAAAUUUCACCAGGAUGAUGGCCACAUUUUCUGUACGCCUUCACAGGUCGAAUCGGAAAUUAAACAAUCUCUGGAAUUGGUGGACCUUUGCUACUCCAAGAUUUUCCGGAUGGGACCAGACGGCUCUCCCACUGCUUACUCCCUGCGGCUCUCUACCAGACCUGAGCAUUACAUCGGGAGCCUGGAGGCGUGGGAUAAAGCAGAAUCGGUUCUGAGAGGAAUUCUCGAGGACUCUGGCAAAAAAUGGACUGUCAACGAAGGCGACGGUGCGUUCUACGGUCCCAAAAUUGACGUUAUUCUAAGCGACCAUCGCGGCAAAGCUCACCAGGUCGCCACGAUACAGUUGGACUUUAACCUUCCAGAAAGGUUUGAUCUAAAAUUCAAAGACAAAGACAACACUUAUAAAAGACCGAUUAUGAUCCACAGGGCCGUAUUUGGGUCGUUGGAAAGAUUCAUGGCUAUGCUCAUCGAUUCCAAUGGCGGAAAAUGGCCGUUUUGGCUAAAUCCUCAUCAAUGCAUGGUGAUUCCCUUGAACACUAAAGAUGAAGUUAUGGUGCAGAAGGCAAAAGAGAUCGCCACUGCUCUGAGAGGAGAAAAUGUGGCAAAAACAGAACCUGUGAAAUUGAACUCACUUCACUUCAGUGUCGACAUCGAUGACCGAGCCGAGCCGGUCGGAUACAGAAUCAAGGAUGCCAUCCUGAAAAAUUACUCCUAUCUGGUGAUGGUGGGUGCAAAAGAAAUUGAGUCCGGGAAAUACGCGAUCAGAUCUCAAGAAUCAAGAGAGCUAGACCACCUUUCUGUUGAUCAGAUUUUGGAAAAAUUCCAAAAACUUGAAGAAAACUACCUAUAG